UCGAGCGGUGAGGGAGAGCAACCGAAAGAAAUAUCGAGCGGGGAGGAAGAGCAACCGAAAGAAAUAUCGAGCGGUGAGGGAGAGCAACCGAAAGAAAUAUCGAGCGGGGAGGGAGAGCAACCGAAAGAAAUGUCGAGCGGGGAGGGAGAGCAACCGAAAGAAAUAUCGAGCGGGGAGGAAGAGCAACCGAACGAAAUAUCGAGCGGGGAGGGAGAGCAACCGAAAGAAAUAUCGAGCGGGGAGGGAGAGCAACCGAAAGAAAUAUCGAGCGGGGAGGAAGAGCAACCGAAAGAAAUAUCGAGCGGGGAGGGAGAGCAACCGAAAGAAAUAUCGAGCGGGGAGGAAGAGCAACCGAAAGAAAAAUCGAGCGGGGAGGAAGAGCAACCGAACGAAAUAUCGAGCGGGGAGGGAGAAGAACCGAAAGAAAUAUCGAGCGGUGAGGGAGAAGAACCGAAAGAAAUGUCAAGCGGUCAGGUAGAGGAACAACCGAAAGAAAUGUCGAGCGGUGAGGGAUAUCAACCGAAAGAAAUUUCAAGCGGUGAGGGAUAUCAACCGAAAGAAAUAUCGAGCGGGGAGGAAGAGCAACCGAAAGAAAUAUCGAGCGGGGAGGGAGAAGAACCGAAAGAAAUAUCGAGCGGUGAGGGAGAAGAACCGAAAGAAAUGUCAAGCGGUCAGGUAGAGGAACAACCGAAAGAAAUAUCGAGCGGUGAGGGAUAUCAACCGAAAGAAAUGUCAAGCGGUGAGGGAUAUCAACCGAAAGAAAUGUCAAGCGGUGAGGGAGAGCAACCGAAAGAAGUGUCAAGCGGGGAGGGAGAGCAACCGAAAGAAGUGUCAAGCGGUCAGGUAGAGGAACUGAAAGGAAUGUCGAGCGGUGAGCAAGAGGAACCGAAAGAAAUGUCGAGCGGUGAAGAAGAGCAACCGAAAGAGAUGUCGAGUGGUGAGGAAGAGGAACCGAAAGAAAUGUCGAGUGGUGAAAGAAAUGACGAUACCGAUGACGAUACCGAUGAUGAUAAUGAUGAUGACGAUGAUGAUGACGAUGAUGAUGACGAUGACCAUGAUGAUAACGCUGCGGAUGGUGACGGCGACGACGACUAUUGACCUAGCAAACUAGAGUUGUAUUUGUAAAGGUUAAAGUUGAU